AUGCAUACGCUAUUUACGGAUCAAAGUUCAUUCACCAGACAUUAUGGACAAACAGCUUAUCCACCUAAUGCAGGUGCAACGAGUCAUCAUUAUCCUUACGAUCAAUACACAAGAUAUUAUGCAGGUUCUGCUUAUGGAUUAUCAGCACCUCAUCAAAACAAAGAGAUGGUGAAACCUCCAUACAGUUACAUUGCAUUAAUUGCUAUGGCAGUUCAAAACGCCCCCGAUAAAAAGAUAACUUUAAAUGGGAUUUAUCAAUAUAUUAUGGAAAGGUUUCCCUACUAUCGUGACAACAAACAAGGCUGGCAAAAUUCAAUUCGACAUAAUUUGAGUCUUAAUGAAUGCUUUGUGAAAGUUGCACGAGAUGAUAAGAAACCAGGCAAAGGAAGUUAUUGGACAUUAGACCCAGACUCUUAUAAUAUGUUCGAUAAUGGAUCUUUCUUAAGACGUCGGAGACGAUUUAAAAAGAAAGAUGUGCUCAAAGAGAAGGAUGAACAAAUGAAAAGACAGAACAUGAUGUUAGAAGAUAAGCUAGCAGAUAUUAAGCCGAUUAAAUUAAUGACACAAACUAUGUUAGACGCUAAACAAUUUGCGCAGCAAUUAAAGCGAGAACCUGGCAUUGAACUCGCUCAAUGCAUGACAAAAGAAGGAAUUUCUGGCGCUACAAUACUCAACACUUGUCAUGAUUCAAUAGCUUCACAAAUGAAUCAUUUAAAUCAAGGAGCUGAACAUAAUUUCACUGUUGAUUCUUUAAUGAAUGCAGCAUAUAAUCCUCGAUUGCAUCCGUCAUCCUAUGCAUAUCAUUUCAACGAUGAAAAUUUAAUGAACUCAUCAGCACAGCUACGACAUCAUCCGUCAGCAUCAGCGGCUGUUCAUGGUCAUAGUUGGUAUGCACCCGCACCUGAAACACCCCCGGAAUCGAUUGGUAAUACUUCUGGUGGAAGUAAUCCGGGAAAUAUUGGAAAUUCUGGUUUGGCACUGCCUCCAACCACAACCUCCAACAAUAAUAACAACAACAACAACAACACUGGCGGCUUUCGUAACAUGAUCUUUGAUCAUAACCAGAACAACUGUCACAUGGAGACCGGAAGCAGUCCAACAAACAGCAUAAACUCAGCAAGUCCACCCAUAACAAAUGCAACACAUGUUAAUCAUCAUCAUUUAAGUCCAAAGUGGAAUACGAAUGUGGCAAGUAACAGCAACUUAAGUCAUCACCAUUAUCGUCAACAUCACUAUCCAUUACAUAGCUAUGGCUAUCAAGAUUGUGGCAUUAAAUAUGGCGUUUGA